UUCUUGUGUUUUCUUUGCGAAAUAAAUUGCAAAAUUACAAUUGCAAUGGCUAUCUUUAAUGUGUUUGGGAUGCAUUUUCGCGAUCGUCAGUGCUGCAGCCACCUCGCAAGCAUUAAUUGUUAAAACGGGAGCUGUAAUUAAGGCUGGAAAACGUGCAGCUUUGUCAAAAUUGUUGUAGGAGCCAAUAAGCCGUGAUGGAUGCCAUUUUGCAAGACGCGUGCAAGCUCCGUCGCAGCAUUAGAGGACGUGCCGGGCAUGCCGAACGGGCCAUAGCCUGAGUCCCCCAGUUUCAGGCCACAGUCUUAGCCACAUCCACAGAGCAAGCAUCGGCAACAUCCGCAGCGAGGAGCAGUAACAUGAUGUAGGAGACGACGACGACAACGUUCUUGUUGAUGAUGCGCCUAUGCCAUCGAAUUGUCUGCCUUUUCGAGCUCUCGAGAGCUGCCACCACGAAGGGAGGAGGACCAGAGCCUGCUGCCUAGGCCCCAAAUCGGACCAAUUUAUAAUUGUGAAACAUAACGGACGCCAGAUACAGAUACACAAGCAGUGGCAGUGCCAGUGCCAGUAACAGUACCAGUUCCAGAGAAAGCGAAAGAGCCGAGGCUUUGCAUACGCAAAAAGUUUCCAAGUGAUUAAUUUCACAAAGGGAUUCAACAACAUCAAGGGGAGCAGGAGCAGGAACAGGAACGGGAGCAGCAGCAGGGGUUGGAACAACUUAAGCCAAUUACGCAAGUGAUAAGAACGGAAUAAAGCAAAGGCCGGGGCAGGGACAACGCCAGAUGCCGCCAUGAGUUUCCUCAGCUCAAUGCAGCAGUAUGUAACAAGUGGCAUCUCCAGUCUGGGACUCGGCAAUCGACGCUUCUCCCUCUCCCGCCAGGAGUCCAGCGAACAGCAGUCGGGAGGCGUUGGGGGCGUACCACCUGGUGGAAUUGCUGCCGCUACGCCUCUGCCGCCCUUUCCACCGCAGCAGCAGCAGCAACAGCAGCCGCUGCCACUGCCUUUGCCACUUCAACAACAGCAGCAGCAGCAGCAGCAACAGCAACAACAAUUGCUGUUGCAACAGCAGCAGCAACAGCCGGCACAUGACCGCCACCCACCGCUUCAGCAACAGACGAGCAUUGGCAGUGGCCUGGGCCUGGGCCUAGGUGCAGCUGGCGUUUAUGGGGCACCAGCAACACCCAUCGCAGGCGUGGCAGCUACAUCAAGCGGCAGCACUUAUCCAUCCGGCGGCGUGGUAAUCGGCAAUCCGAAUGCCACAAAUCCAUUACUGGGUUAUCCCAAAACUGGAGCUGGCGGCACCUCCACAUCCGCUUCCGGCAGCGGUGGCACACCCCAAUCCCGUCGUCAAUCACGCGCCCUGGAAUGCCUAGCCCCGCCACGCACCGGCUCCUUCCGGCAACGCAAUUCGCCGCUGCACCAAGUGGACCCACCGCCACGCCCACCGUUGGCCUUCUGCAAGCGUCGGCUCAGCUGGCCCGAGGUGGAUCCGCGCUCCAACUCUGGGGUACAGGAAACGGAUGGCUCGUAUUUUGAGAACUUUACAUCGCUGGGCUGGAAACGUGAAAAUCGUCGCAUGUCAGCCACGCGUGCCGCCGAGGCACGUGCGGAGGCUAAUCCCGAGAAUGAACGUGAUCCGCCGGCACCCGAGGAGUCCAUUGACCGCCAGGACGAGAAGGAGAAGCUGUAUGCGGAGGUCUUGCAUACCAUUGCCAAUACGGUGGGAGCACCCGCACCGGGCGGACAGUUUGCACAUUACAAGGAUGAGAUGUAUCUGCAUGCACAGCGCGCCUUUGGUGUCAAUCCGGAUCGUCAUUAUCGCCUGCUGCAUGCCUCCGCCGAGGAUAAACCAAGGAUAAUCGUACUCUCUGCGGUGGUAAUCGAGGCUGAUGGCCUGGAGGCAAAGGAUGCCAAUGGUUUCUCGGAUCCGUACUGCAUGCUGGGCAUCCAGCCGGACGGUGACGGUUGUCCGCCCGUGUCGCCGCUGCCGCUGCCGCCGACACCGCGCGCCCUAUCGGCGGACAUGAGCGGUGGCUUUGACAACAGUGCCACGGACUCGCCGCCGCACCGAAAGCAUAGCUUCCGGCUGAGCUUCAAGCGGCGGGAGGCGGGUCGACGGGAGCAGCGCGACUCACUGGGCGGACCGGUGCCAGCAAAGCUCAUCAAGGCGACCAGCAUCAAGCCGCACACGCUGACCCCCAAAUGGAAUGAGAAGUUCAAAUUUGACAUAGAUGACAUCAACACGGAUACCUUUCACCUGGACAUUUGGGACCACGAUGACGAAAGCUGCGUCCUGGACGCCGUCUCGCGACUGAACGAAGUUCGUGGCGUGCGCGGCUUGGGGCGCUUCUUCAAGCAGGUCUGCCAGUCGGCACGUCAGGGCUCCCAAGACGAUUUCCUGGGCUCCGUGAAUAUAGCCAUUUCGGAUAUACCCUCGACGGGCCUGGAUGCCUGGUUCAAGCUGGAGGCACGCAGUCAUCGCAGCACCGUGCAGGGACGUAUACGGCUUAAGUUGUGGCUCUCGACACGCGAUGAUCGGGGCAAUAUCGCCGAGGAGAAUCACGAGCACCAGAUGCACAAGGUCGAACAGCUGCAGAUGGUGUUUAUGCAGCACGAGGUGACCACCCACGAGCCAUCGUGGACCUGGUGCGGAGAUCUGCCGGGUCCAGCCCUCACUAUACUCCAUCAAUUGGCCGUGCAGGGAGAUCUCUCAGAUUUGCACUGCGCCAUGGCCAGAUAUGUGGCUGCUGCCAAGCUGAAUCGAUCGACGCCCUUGGACCCAAAGUUCCUCCAUCGUCUGCUGGGCGAUGUGGAGAAGCAAUGGAACCAGCCCAACCAGGAGGCCCUGAGCCGCGAUCUGGAGCAGUGGCUGGCCGAGGCGAUGAAUGGAUUUGUGGAGCGUUCGCUGAACCAGAUCCGACGGCACAGGGACAUCUUUCCGGCCCUGAAUCCGCCCUCGCUGAUACGCCUGGAGUUCCUGCUGCGCUGCUUGGGUUUGCUCGGCUCGAUGCGGGCCUUUCGCGCCGUCUGCCCCUUCAACAAGGGCGUACGCGGCGAGGUGGUGAAUGCCCUGCGCAAGGGCUCCAUAAUGUGGGGCCAGAAUGUGCUACGCGAAUCGCAGUGCUUGCCCAAUCCAUUAUCGAACUUCGUAACAACAUUAACGGCUGACAUCCAGCUGGGACAGACGUAUUACCAUGCCCUCUUUGACAACACGAAUGGCAUUCAAUACUUCAGCAUUAUCUACAAACAAUACGAUGCGAUGGUGGGCGAGGAGCUGUACAGCCGCAUGGCCGCCGGCCAGGUGCCCGGGGUGCGGAUGAACCUGUCGCAGUAUGCCGUGCUGGAGGGCGAUGCGGAGCCGGUGGACACGAAGCCGUUUGAAUUGUUUCUCGCUCUGCAGGAGUUCUGUCAUUUGAAACGACACCUGUCCGCCCAGCCACAGCCGCCGGAGAAGCCGCUGGCCCUGAGCAACAGCCACGAAUGGUUCAUCCCCACCUUUGAGCGCUGGAUGAUGGUGAGCAAGGCGAAGGCCCUGCAGCGCAUCAGAGCAGCCAUCCGCAUGGACGCCAUCUGUGAGGGCGAACGCAUCGUUAGGUACAGCAGCUCCUCGGUGGACACGGCCAGCACGCUGCUGAACAUCAAGGAGUUUUGGAAGGUCAUCAACUGGCCGGACGAGGACACGGCCAUCAUGCUGGAAUCGCAGCUCAUCGAUGUGGUAUGCUCGGCGGCCAUGCACUACUGCGACCUCAUUCACACUGCGCUGGCAGACAGCGGAUACUACGAGCAGCAGGGACCAUUCCGCUGCUCGGACGACAUGUGCGUGACCGUAAACAAUGUGGAAUAUGUGCGCCGCACCUUGGCCGAGUUCCGCUCGGAUGAACAGCCCCUGGAGGAAUCGGCGGACAACCUGCUCGAGUCCAGCCUCACCCACAUGGAGAAUCGCACCGAGCGCAUCCUCUCGAAGCUGGCUCCGCUCAUGCAGAUGUCGCUGCAGAAGGCCGUGUUCCAUCUGGCCUGGUCACCAGAUUCCCUGCCUGCAAAUCAGGCGAUUGUGCCGCUGCUGGAGUACUUGGACUGCCACCUGGCGGCGCUCAACAGCGCCCUGCUCACCAAGAACUUCAAUCGUUCGCUGCGUUUCAUCUGGAAGACAGUUCUGGGCGAGAUGUCCCGCCAAAUGGAGACGGGCGAUGAGACGGACAAGCCCACGCAUUUCCACAAACGGCUCUACGAGGCCCUCCAGCUACUGGUGGACUUCUUUCAUGCCGAGGGCCAGGGCCUGCUGCUGGAGUGCCUGCACACGGACGACUUCUGGCGAAUCGAGCAGCGGCUGCAGUUCCACAAGACGGACACGGAUCGGCUCAUAGACAUGUUCUACAUGAAUCGCUUGCGGGAGCAGCUGAUGACCGUGUGUCCAAGUCCGUAUGGAUCGCUGGCCGUGCGGGCCUACUUCAAUCAUGAUUCUCUUUGUGUGGAGGUUCUGCAUGCACGCGAUGUGGUGCCAUUAGAUCCGAAUGGUUUCAGCGAUCCGUUUGUGGUGAUUGAGCUGCUGCCACGAAGGAUAUUUCUGCACUGCAUGGAGCAGCAAACGAAUGUGCACAAGCGCACUUUGAAUCCCAUUUUCGACGAGUGUUUUGAGUUCUCUGUGACAUUGGAGCAAUGCCUCACCGAUGGCGCCAUGAUCUGCUUCACAGUCAUGGAUCACGAUGUCCUCACUGCCAAUGAUUUCGGAGGCGAGGCCUACCUGGCGCUGGGCAACAUACCCGGCGUGGAGGCCUACAGCACCAGUGUGGACAACUUUCAUGGCCUAAAGCAGAUCGAGCUGCCCCUCAUGCAACAGAAGGAUAAAUGCAAUCCAAUUUUGCAAAUACUUGAGCUGCGCGUCAACGACAAACAGGCCCAGGACUUUGUGCGCAAACAAAAAGCGCGAUUUAUCACUUGAUUCUAAAGAGGAGAUGACAGGACAGGAUUGGACAGAACCGGACAGAGCGAAACGUUUGUAAAACGUAUAUUUGACGGGAUAAAAGUGUGAAAAAGUGUGGUGGAUCGUGCAAUGUAAUUGCAUUGAUGGCGGAUAACUUAACCAAAAGCUACUCGUAAACUGUAUCCAAUCCAGCAUUGUGUAUGUAUUGUACUUAAUCUAGUUGUUUGACAAAAGACUCAACACCCUGCCCCUCCCCCACCCAACCAUUCCUCUCUUCUGUUUGUAAAUGUUAGCGAAUUACCGAAAUCGAAAUGAAAUUCCAAUGGUGCAAAAGUAACAAGUAAAUGGGACAUGACAUGCAUUCCCUGCUCUACACAAAACGUUACUUGAACAAAAACAUAAAACUAGGGACUACGUGCACAUGUAGAAGCGUAGCACAUCAUGAUGUAUUGCUGAAGUUGUCACAAUUAGGCAAUCAAUAAAAAUGUAUUAGAUGAAAGAUGAAACUCACGAAACACUGACACAGCCACAGACAACCACAAACACUAGAGAUACCUAACUCCAGCACCCAGAUGCGUUUUGAAGACUUUUUAACAUGGACACAAUGAAAGAGUUUCGGAUUACCGGAACUUGGCAUAGAGAGACACCCCACACAACAUUUUUUGGGUCAAUUUAAACUAUACGAAAUAUAUCAAUAUAUACAUAUGGAAACAUUUAUGAAUGGGGGAAAGAGCAAACUCCUUUCAACCAUAAGCCAAGAAACAAUCAAAAUAAAAAACUCCGAGCUUCUUUAAAACCCCGCUCCCUCCUUACACACACACACCAACACUUGCCAAUGCAAAAGAAAGCUAUUUAUAAUAAAUGUGUGUAUGUAUGUAUGUAUGAAGAUAUGUAUUAUGUAUGUAUAUUUAUAUCACGCCCAAAGGACAGUGUAACUAAGUCUAAAGUAUAUUUGUAAACUAUUUUCUGAGCACAGAUUUUGUAUAAAUUUAUUAGAUACACACAUGCCUGUCCCCCUUCCUACCUACCUACCCUACGCCCUCUCCCCAGAGAGGCAGCCUUCAGCUCUUUUGCUUAUACACAACUUAGGGCUUUUCCCCCACCAAAAAAAUAACACUACACUUCACUCCACUCUACUCUAGAAUCCCAUCCCGAAUUGAUUUUUGUACCCAUAAGAGGAAGAAGAAGGUCUCGCUUCUAUUGUAAAUUUUGUACUAUAUACAAUAGUCUCUCUCUAUAAAGAAGAAACUCAAACAUAUACCUCCUACACACAGCUAUGUAUGUAUGAGUAGGAGUAGUUUAUUAUGAAUAAUGAGGGGAUUGUUGGAACUGUGUAACUCUUAACUUUAAACUGUAGCAAAAAAGAAACUUUUUAUACCUUUGGCAAAGGCAUCAGCGGUCGGGGCUGAGGAGCAAAAGAUAUGUAUGAUGCACAACAAAAGAAAAGCAAAGAAAAUCCAAGUCAAAUUACAAGCUAUUUUUAAUAUUUACACUAAACUCCAUCGGGGGAGCCCACACCGGGCGAUAGACACUUCAUGAAUACAAGUUAAUUAAAAAAACGAACGAGUAUUAUGGCAUACAAGAAUAUAAAUAUUAUACAUAAAUAUACAUAAAUGGAUAAAUAAUUAAUAACCAGUGAAUAUGCAGCAAGUAUUUAGUUAGUAAGAUCAACUAUUUUCGGUUCUGUAUCUUUGCACACAGCCUUUGUCUGAUCUUUAUUCAGUUUGAUUGUGUUUCAUUCCGUUUUAAGUUGGAAUUUGUUUCUAUCAACUUCGGUUGUGUCUGCCAUCGCCAAGACAUCGACAAAAGAUCACGAGACAAACAUCGAAGUAGAGUCAACGCCAUACGCUAAAUGUGUCUUUAUGGAACUACAACUAUCUUUUCCAUUUCCUUUUCCUGUUACUCAAAUAUCUUCCAAUGGCACUUGUUAUUUUGAACAGCUCUUCGCCGAACAGAACUACUCUCCCUCUCUCUUUGAACACUGCUAUCUUCCAGGCUUUUGUGCGGCUAAAAAAGAAAUAGUUGAUGAAACGUACAUAAAUGAAUAAAUACGAUUAUUCGUAAAUAUAUAGGCAAAUGUUUGCCCUAUUAACCAACCCACAACUACUGUUUUGAUCUGUGUACCUAUGAUAAUUUCCUAUAUCGAAUAGACAAACUCGAUAAACACACACACAGAACAUGUGCAAACACGCAAACAAUAGGAAUAAAUCAAAUGAAAUCAAUUAAAUUAUUCAUGUUACUAGCACUAGCUAAAGAGUAAAUACUACGAGAACGAACGAAAAAAAGCAAAUAAAAAUUGGUUAUCGGACACCGAAAAGAAGAGCAAAAGUGAAAACUGAUAUACAAAUGUAAAAUGCGAAAAUGUUGGCCAAACCAAAGCAAAGACCAAACGCAUUUGCCACGAACUAAACCCAAUCAAACCAAACCAAAGCGAAGCAAAACCAAACACUGAACAUACCAAUACGAAUAUGCAAGGAAAAAUCAAGGCCAAAACAUACAUGAGUGUAUACCAAAAUAUACCAUACCUAUAACGAUAUAUAAUAUACAUAUUUGAGUGUACAAUUGUUGUGCUAGUUACAGAAUACAAAACAAAGGAACCUAAAACAGAGCCCUCCUACAUGCAUAUAGUACAAUGCGAAGGCAUUCUGAUUGCUAUAUAUACAAGCAACCUGCUGAAGAAAAAAAAAACAAGCUUACAGCAAACUACAAGAUAUUUACGAUUAUAAAUAUUUAUUUAUUUCAAACUUUUACACUGAAACGAAACACCAUACCAUACCAUACACAUCAGAAAAGAGAAAACUAGGUACAAUAUUUAUAAACUGUUGUAUUUUUUGUAAGCCAAUACAGAACUACUAAACAAAACAAAAACA